AUGCCACAGACACCUCCCUUUGCAGCUAUGUUUGACAGCAGCGGCUACAGCAGGAACUUGUAUCAGUCAAAAGAGGACAACUGUGGAGGGCUCUCUUACCAUGACAACAACCUCCUGUCGGGGUCUCUGGAAGCUCUGAUCCAGCACUUGGUACCCAAUAUAGAUUACUAUCCUGACAGGACAUACAUCUUCACCUUCCUUCUCAGUUCACGCCUGUUCAUGCAUCCAUAUGAGCUCAUGGCCAAAGUCUGCCAUCUGUGCAUUGAGCAGCAGAGACUAAGCGAGCCUGGCCUCGACAAGAACCGGAUACGAAAAAUUGCACCUAAAAUCCUACAGUUGUUGACUGAAUGGACAGAGACGUUUCCUUACGAUUUCCGAGAUGAAAGAAUGAUGAGGAACUUAAAGGAGUUGGCACAAAGAAUAGCCAGUGGUGAUGAGCAGAUGUAUUGGAAGAACGUACAGCACCUCCUCCAGAACCUGAUUCGGAAGCUUGCCACUGUUAGCCAGUAUGAGGAAGUACUUGCGAAAAUUAAUGCCACGUCCACAGAUCGCCUCACGGUUCUAAAGACCAAGCCCCAGUCCAUCCAGAGGGACAUAAUCACAGUCUGCAAUGAUCCCUAUGCGUUAGCUCAGCAGCUAACACACAUAGAGCUUGAGAGACUCAAUUAUAUUGGACCAGAAGAAUUUGUCCAGGCAUUUGUGCAAAAGGAUCCUUUGGAUAAUGACAAGAGCUGCUAUGGAGAUCGAAAGAAGACCCGGAACCUGGAAGCCUAUGUGGAAUGGUUUAACAGGCUCAGUUACUUGGUUGCAACAGAAAUCUGUAUGCCUGUGAAGAAGAAGCACAGAGCAAGAGUGAUAGAAUAUUUCAUUGAUGUGGCACGGGAAUGUUUUAACAUUGGCAACUUUAACUCCUUAAUGGCUAUCAUUUCUGGCAUGAACAUGAGUCCUGUGUCUCGGUUAAAGAAAACUUGGGCAAAAGUGAAGACAGCCAAAUUUGAUAUUCUUGAGCAUCAGAUGGACCCUUCUAGCAAUUUUUAUAAUUACCGAACUGCUCUGCGUGGAGCCACUCAAAGGUCCUUGACAGCUCAUAGCAACAGAGGGAAGAUCGUGAUACCUUUCUUCAGCCUCUUGAUCAAAGAUAUUUACUUCCUCAAUGAGGGUUGUGCCAAUCGUCUUCCAAAUGGUCAUGUCAAUUUUGAAAAAUUUUGGGAAUUGGCAAAGCAAGUCAGUGAAUUUAUGACAUGGAAGCAAGUGGAGUGUCCUUGUGAAAGGGAUGGGAAGAUUCUGCAGCCUAACAUAUUGUAUUUGCUUCUGAUUGCAGCACUUUACUUGGCUUCAUAUGAAAGUGAAAGUCCCGAGAAUCACAUUGAGAAGGACAGAUGGAAGACACUAAGGUCAGCGCUUCUGGGCAGAGUCUAGUGCACAAGAUGGCUGCUGUUUGUGCCAUUGCUACAUUAUGUGGGUUACCAAGGGGCA